GCCACCGUGGCCUUAAAAAGACAAACCUACAUCCAUCCCACAGUGAAACAGAACUUGUUUUAUGUGUGCAUACAUUACACUGUGUGUUGCACCUUAAAUCCACACGAUCGCUGUGUGUGUGGGUAUAUAUAUAUAUAUAUAUAUAUAUAUAUAUUCAAGAGGUUUUUUUAUCUGGAUCAGUAUCCGAUAAGUGUUCAAUCUGGAUCACCGCAGCAGUAACAGCAGGCGCACCAGAGGGAAGCGCGAGGAGACCUCCAGAAGAAAACUCCUUCUGCCCAAAACCAGCAUGUUCUCAAAAUUCACAUCUAUCCUACAGCAUGCAGUCGAAGCGCUUGCACCAUCACUGCCCUUGCAAGAGGACUUUGUCUAUCAUUGGAAGGCCAUCACACAUUACUACAUAGAGACUUCAGAUGACAAAGCCCCAGUGACGGAUACCAACAUUCCCUCCCACCUGGAGCAGAUGCUGGAUAUUCUGACUCAGGAGGAGAGGGAGAGAGAGUCAGGCGAAACGGGACCUUGUAUGGAGUAUCUUCUUCACCACAAGAUCCUGGAGACGCUCUUCACCUUGGGCAAAGCAGAUUGCCCACCUGGAAUGAAACAGCAGGUUCUGACUUUCUACACCAAGUUGCUGGGCCGAAUUCGCCAACCUCUCCUGCCUCACAUAAAUGUGCACAGACCUGUACAGAAAAUGGUUCGCCUGUGUGGGGAAGUUCUGGCUGCUCCUACAGAGAAUGAAGAGAUCCAGUUUCUGUGUACAGUCUGUGCCAAACUUAAACAGGACCCCUACCUUGUCAACUUCUUCCUGGAAAAUAAGAAUAAAAAGUCGGAGUCUGCUAAAGACGGUCGAGGUGAGGUGGUGAGAAAGGAUCCGUCUUCUCCAGACACUGGACAGAAUCAGAACCAAAAUCUCAGAUCGGCGCAGGAAAACGCAGCGUGUAAAGCCACCAGCCCAUCAGCCGAGUCUAGUCUGUCCUCCGUGCACGCUACACUGGCAAACAGUGAUAACUAUAAUCUAGUCGGCUCUCUACUCAACCUCACCAAGAGUCCGGAUGGUCGUAUCGUGGUGAAGGCGUGCGAGGGCCUGAUGCUCAUAGUCAGUUUACCUGAACCAGCUGCAGCCAAAUGCCUGACAGAAAACACAGAGCUCAUUCAACUCCUCACAGACCGACUGGCACAGUUCUACCGGGCCCUUCCUCAGUCCAUGGACCCCCUUGACAUUGAAACCGUGGAGUCUGUAAACUGGGGGUUGGAUGUGUACAAUCUAAAGGAAGAUGCUGCUGCUUUUGCUGGAAAACGUGCGCUCAUCUCCUUCCUGUCGUGGCUGGACUACUGUGAUCAGCUUAUCAAAGAGGCUCACAAGACGGCUGCCACAGUUCUGGCGCGGGCCGUGAGGGAACGGUUCUUUGUUGCUGUAAUGGAGCCUCAGCUAAUGCAAACGUCAGAGGUCGGCAUUCUGACCUCCACAGCUCUGUUAAACCGGAUCAUCAGACAGGUGACAUCAGAGAUGUUGUUGCAGGAGACUGUGUACUUUCUGUUGGGAGAGGAGACCGGCCCAGAGACGCUUGCAGGCAUUACCAAACAUCCCCUGAGAUACAGACUUAUAGAACACUGUGACCACCUGUCAGAUGAGAUCAGCAUCAUGACGCUAAGGCUGUUCGAGCAUCUGCUGCAGAAACCGUGCCAGCACAUUCUGCACAACCUGGUGCUGCGCUGCUUAGAGGAGCGCAACUACAUGGAGAACAAACAGCCGGAGGAACGAGAAGAGCGAGAGCACAUGGAGAACGGCCAGCCGCACGACGCCGUAGACCUGGAAGAAGACCCGCUGUUCUCAGACCUGUCCCCUGAUAACAGGCUCUCCAGCCCUGGUUGGUUGAGCUGCUCACCGCCACAGAGCACAGAACACACGAAGUCUGAUGGGAAGACGGAGGUUCAUAAAAUAGUGAACAGUUUCCUGUGUUUGGUGCCAGAUGAGGCAAAAUCUUCCUAUCAAGUUGAAGGCACAGGCUAUGACACCUAUCUGAGAGAUGCACACAGACAGUUUCGGGACUACUGUGGAGUUUGUCAGAGAUGGGACUGGCGCAGCAGUCCUAAACCCUUUGAUAAGUGUAAUCUGGACGGCAGUUUUUUUGAGGGACACUUUCUCAAAGUUCUGUUUGACCGAAUGGGACGAAUCCUUGAUCAGCCAUAUGAUGUGAACCUGCAGGUGACGUCUGUGCUGUCUAAGCUGUCUCUGUUGCCUCACGCCCAUCUUCACGAGUAUCUUCUGGACCCGUACAUUAACCUGGCGCCAGGCUGCAGAUCUCUCUUCUCAGUCAUCGUCAGGGUGGUUGGAGAUCUGAUGUUAAGAACACACUGCAUCCCUGAGUUCACCCCUAAACUUCUGCUGGUGAGGAAGAGACUUCUGGGGCUUGAACCAGAAGGCAUGAGCAUUGAUCACACCACGUUGCUUGAGGGGGUCAUUGUUCUGGAGGAGUUCUGCAAAGAACUGGCAGCGAUCGCGUUUGUAAAGUUCCACGCGUCCACGUCCACUUCUCCUUGAUCCUCUCACGACUGUACAGGCAACACAAACUGAUACUCAAACAGACGAAGGGGGGAACGACAAAACCAAACCUCCCUCAUCCCUCAGCGCAGACUCCUGCCCGUCACAGGACUGCCAUUCAAGAACGUUUCACGUCUUCUCUCUGGGAGGUUUCAGUUUGGUGGCCGAGCUCGCUGUUCUGAGACAGACGCAGCGGAGGAGAACUGCUUUUCAAAAUAAGAAUGAAAUAUAAUCCUCACAGGACAGUCCAGCUAGAGAUGGGUGAGAGAUUUCUGGAGCAUAAAGAGAAAUGAUAUAACUAAAGUAAUGUUAAGCCAAAAAAUGAGGUCUAGAAGUAGGAAAACAAAUCUACUUAAUUCGAUUCUAGUAAUGAAAAAAACAAGAAGUUAAAAAAUGACGUGUUAAAUUAAAUAUUUAAUUAAUAUUAUUUGUCGUUAACAGUAUCUAAGAUACUGUCGUCUCUGUUCUUCUGAGAUGAAGUCAUUAGUACUGACACGAGUGUCAAAUGCAACCAAUUUAUUUGUGAUGUAAAAUGACAAUAACUCAGGAUUCAAAACUGUUUUUAAACGAUUGGAGAAUCAGAAAGCGUUUUAAGCUCGUCCUCUCGGUUUCAUUAUAGUGUUGAUUUCCGCUGUUACUCUUUUAAUCCGAAUGAAAUGCAGUGUGGACUCGGAAUUCAAUUUCGCAGAGAGCUGUUCAUCCUUUAUGUUUUUGACAGUAUUCCUAAACCAUUUUUUGUUUUGUGUGUGCCUUGGUCUCAGCUAGACUGUAGCUGUGCCCUUCAUCCUGUAUCAUCGUGUAUUUGUUAUUACUUUAAAAUUACAAGGAAUAGUUCACCAAUCUUCACCCUUACGCUUUUUCAAACCUGUAUUUUCUUUCUUCUAUGAAAGGUGAAAGGUGUUAUUCAGAAUAUCUCGGUGCUGUUUUAUAUUCAAGGUCAAGCUCGAAAAGCAUUAUACUGGUAUUUUAAAAGUAGUUCCUACUAUGAACCUGAAACUAUACGAUUUGAGAAUCAGACUGAAAUAUAUAAUCUUUCCCUAUUCUUUUUGAGCUUGACAGUAUAAAUAAUGAUUUACUUCUUGCUCGGACAUUCAGCCUAACAUAUCGAAAUAAAAAACACUGGUUUGGAACAACGUGAGGGUCAUUGAAGAAUGACAACAUUUUUAUUUGUGUACACUGUUGCUUUAAAAGUUGAUCCAUCUCGAGAUGGUCAGCUGGAGUUUAGCUGCUUUAGCAUUAUGCAUUUACAUUAUCGGACCGUGUGGAAUUAUACCAGCAAUAGUGUUAUUCAUCAAGCGGCUCUCUGCUCUUUGGAAAGGGACAGACUGUUCUAAAUGCACACUGUGUACAUUUGGCAAAGACGGGGCACAGCUUGAAAUAUGUGUUCUUGUUCUCUGUUUUUUUUAAGAGAGCUGGCUUCCUGGGCCUUCUCAAAAUAACUUGACAUUGUGGCUUUUACGUAACGCUCUUUACAGGGUUUAAAAUGUUUGGUAACAUUUUUCUUAAACUUUCAAACAUUAGCUUGCAUUUUCCAUCCACAACAUAAGUGUUUAAAACAUGUUAUGGUUUGCAUUUACAGACGCAGAAGUUGCACAAUAGUGUAUAUUAAAUUUGUUCAGUUUGUUCAUGUGCAAAAACUAAAUGUCUGUCUUUCAGUUUUCUUUAUAAACCAAAGGAGCAACGGAGGAGAAGCGUGUUUUUUUUAUUCUUGAUCAUGCACAUUUUAUACCGAGUUCUGAACUGUGUAUAUACAGAUGUACAGUUAUAACCGUAGUCAUGUCUGGUGUGAAGUGCAUGCGUGAGUUUAUAUGUUAAUAUGCAGAAAGAAUAUGACAGUCUUCUUUUGUUGCCUAUUUAUGGGGAUAUUUCUAAUGCCUUAUAUUUAAAGCAGUCCUGUCCUGAUUGUAUUAGCGCUGCGUUUCUUAUUUGGAGCUAUGUUGUAAGGAAAUGUAUUGGUUAGAAAAGAUACUGGGCUUUCUCAUGUGAAAGUGUCUAUAGUUUAGGUUUCUAUGAAUUUCAUCUGCUUUCAUUGUUCUGCUAAACUGAUUUCUUCUCUUCACUUGUACAGCUGAUGCUCACCCAUUUGUCAGACGUAUUGAAUUUAUGUACUGUAUCACUGCCAGGGUUUCACAAUAUGACACAAUUUAGAUGAUCAAGGUGUUAAACAGGCAUCAUUUGAGGGGUGAGAUUUGCCAUGUGAUAUCAUUUGCUUGGUUUUGUUGAGACUGUAAACCUCCUCCGAGAGAUUUGCUCUGUCCUGUGGCUUUCACUCCGUCCCUAUUAAAACAUUCGCUUUCUUCAGA